GAAAAAGUGUUUGCUGAAUUGGAUAGAAUGGAAAGAGCAGAAGUCAUUGUGAUGGUUGAAACUCCAUCAAAAUGGAUGAGUCCAAUUGUGGUUGUGGAAAAACCAAAUGGAAGUGUUCGCAUUUGUUUAGAUCCCUGUGAUUUAAAUAAAGUUAUACAAAGAGAGCAUUAUCCACUGAAGACUGUUGAGGAAAUAGCUGCUACCUUGAAAGAAGCUACUGUAUUCAGUAAGUUGGAUGCCUCAUCAGGUUUUUAUCAGUUAGAGCUCACAGAAGAGAGCACAUGGCUCACAACAUUCAAUACUCCAUUUGGGCGGUAUAAAUUUCUAAGACUUACUUUUGGAAUCAGUUCUGCACCAGAAGUAUUUCAGAGAACUCUCACUCAGAUGUUUGAAAACAUAGAUGGAUGUGAAGUAAUGACUGAUGAUAUUCUCAUUUGGGGAAAAAAAUAAGCAAGAACAUGAUGCAAGACUCAGAAGAGUACUAGAGAGGUGCAAGGAAAAGAAUUUGACAUUAAACAAAGAAAAAUGCUAGUUUGGGCUUACGGAAAUAGAAUAUGUUGGACAUAUGUUUGGUUCAGAUGGAUUGAAACCAAGUAAAGCAAAAGUUCAAGCUAUUCUUGAUAUUCCGACACCGGAAAACUAGAAGGAUCUGCAACGAUUCAUGGGUAUGAUCAAUUACCUGGGAAAGUUUAUUCCUAAUAUGUCGUCAAUCAACAAACCAUUCAGACAGCUGUUAGAAAAAGAUGUUUCUUGGGAGUGGGGCGAAGCUCAAAAAUCAUGUUUUGAUGAACUGAAAAGUGUCACAACAUCAACACCAGUACUUGGUUACUAUGAUGUUUCAAAACCAGUUAAAUUAACUGUUGAUGCAUCAUCACAUGGAUUAGGUGCAUGCAUUCUGCAAGAUGAACAUCCAGUGUGUUAUGCCUCACGCGCUCUCAACAAAUCAGAACAGAACUAUGCACAGAUCGAAAAGGAAAUGAUUGCUAUUGUGUAUGGAGCAACAAAAUUUCAUCAAUACAUCUAUGGAAAAAGAGUACUUGUGGAAACAGAUCACAAACCACUAGAAAGUCUGUUUAAGAAACCAUUAUACUCAGCACCACCACGUAUUCAACACAUGUUAAAACUACAAAGAUAUGAUCUUGAUGUUCAUUACAAACCAGGAACUUUAAUGUUCAUUCCAGAUACACUCAGCAGAGCUCAUGGCUCAAACACAGAUUUUGAUGAACUGAAAAGUGUCACAACAUCAACACCAGUACUUGGUUACUAUGAUGUUUCAAAACCAGUUAAAUUAACUGUUGAUGCAUCAUCACAUGGAUUAGGUGCAUGCAUUCUGCAAGAUGAACAUCCAGUGUGUUAUGCCUCACGCGCUCUCAACAAAUCAGAACAGAACUAUGCACAGAUCGAAAAGGAAAUGAUUGCUAUUGUGUAUGGAGCAACAAAAUUUCAUCAAUACAUCUAUGGAAAAAGAGUACUUGUGGAAACAGAUCACAAACCACUAGAAAGUCUGUUUAAGAAACCAUUAUACUCAGCACCACCACGUAUUCAACACAUGUUAAAACUACAAAGAUAUGAUCUUGAUGUUCAUUACAAACCAGGAACUUUAAUGUUCAUUCCAGAUACACUCAGCAGAGCUCAUGGCUCAAACACAGAUUUUGAUGAACUGAAAAGUGUCACAACAUCAACACCAGUACUUGGUUACUAUGAUGUUUCAAAACCAGUUAAAUUAACUGUUGAUGCAUCAUCACAUGGAUUAGGUGCAUGCAUUCUGCAAGAUGAACAUCCAGUGUGUUAUGCCUCACGCGCUCUCAACAAAUCAGAACAGAACUAUGCACAGAUCGAAAAGGAAAUGAUUGCUAUUGUGUAUGGAGCAACAAAAUUUCAUCAAUACAUCUAUGGAAAAAGAGUACUUGUGGAAACAGAUCACAAACCACUAGAAAGUCUGUUUAAGAAACCAUUAUACUCAGCACCACCACGUAUUCAACACAUGUUAAAACUACAAAGAUAUGAUCUUGAUGUUCAUUACAAACCAGGAACUUUAAUGUUCAUUCCAGAUACACUCAGCAGAGCUCAUGGCUCAAACACAGAUUUUGAUGAACUGAAAAGUGUCACAACAUCAACACCAGUACUUGGUUACUAUGAUGUUUCAAAACCAGUUAAAUUAACUGUUGAUGCAUCAUCACAUGGAUUAGGUGCAUGCAUUCUGCAAGAUGAACAUCCAGUGUGUUAUGCCUCACGCGCUCUCAACAAAUCAGAACAGAACUAUGCACAGAUCGAAAAGGAAAUGAUUGCUAUUGUGUAUGGAGCAACAAAAUUUCAUCAAUACAUCUAUGGAAAAAGAGUACUUGUGGAAACAGAUCACAAACCACUAGAAAGUCUGUUUAAGAAACCAUUAUACUCAGCACCACCACGUAUUCAACACAUGUUAAAACUACAAAGAUAUGAUCUUGAUGUUCAUUACAAACCAGGAACUUUAAUGUUCAUUCCAGAUACACUCAGCAGAGCUCAUGGCUCAAACACAGAUUUUGAUGAACUGAAAAGUGUCACAACAUCAACACCAGUACUUGGUUACUAUGAUGUUUCAAAACCAGUUAAAUUAACUGUUGAUGCAUCAUCACAUGGAUUAGGUGCAUGCAUUCUGCAAGAUGAACAUCCAGUGUGUUAUGCCUCACGCGCUCUCAACAAAUCAGAACAGAACUAUGCACAGAUCGAAAAGGAAAUGAUUGCUAUUGUGUAUGGAGCAACAAAAUUUCAUCAAUACAUCUAUGGAAAAAGAGUACUUGUGGAAACAGAUCACAAACCACUAGAAAGUCUGUUUAAGAAACCAUUAUACUCAGCACCACCACGUAUUCAACACAUGUUAAAACUACAAAGAUAUGAUCUUGAUGUUCAUUACAAACCAGGAACUUUAAUGUUCAUUCCAGAUACACUCAGCAGAGCUCAUGGCUCAAACACAGAUUUUGAUGAACUGAAAAGUGUCACAACAUCAACACCAGUACUUGGUUACUAUGAUGUUUCAAAACCAGUUAAAUUAACUGUUGAUGCAUCAUCACAUGGAUUAGGUGCAUGCAUUCUGCAAGAUGAACAUCCAGUGUGUUAUGCCUCACGCGCUCUCAACAAAUCAGAACAGAACUAUGCACAGAUCGAAAAGGAAAUGAUUGCUAUUGUGUAUGGAGCAACAAAAUUUCAUCAAUACAUCUAUGGAAAAAGAGUACUUGUGGAAACAGAUCACAAACCACUAGAAAGUCUGUUUAAGAAACCAUUAUACUCAGCACCACCACGUAUUCAACACAUGUUAAAACUACAAAGAUAUGAUCUUGAUGUUCAUUACAAACCAGGAACUUUAAUGUUCAUUCCAGAUACACUCAGCAGAGCUCAUGGCUCAAACACAGAUUGUGAUGAAAUGGAAUUUGAAGUGCAUACAAUUGAAAAUUUGCCGGUUUCCAAAGAUAGACUUUCAGAGAUGAAGUUGGACACACAGAAUGAUGAAACGCUUCAAAAGCUGAAGAAUGUAGUUCUUCAUGGAUGGCCUGAGAUGUCAAGUGAAAUUGACAUUCAAAUCAAACCAUAUUGGAAUAUUAGAGAACAGAUCAUUUACAUUGAUGAACUCUUGUUGAAAGGUGAUUGUAUAAUAGUUCCAGAAUGUAUGAGAAAAGAAAAGCUAAAGCAAAUUCACAGAAGUCACUUGGGAAUUGAAAAGUGUCUCCGAAGAGCCCGAGAAAUUUUAUACUGGCCAAGUAUGAAUUGUCAGAUCCGUGAUAUUGUUUCACAAUGUGGAGUUUGUUGUCGCUAUAGAAACAAACCACAAAAAGAACCACUACAUUCACAUGAGAUCCCAGACCCUGGCAAAUGGUUGCAUCGGAUUUGUUCGAAUUGGAUCGUGAAAAUUACGUCGUGAUUGUGGAUUACUAUUCAAAGUUUUUCGAAGUUUCAAAACUGAAAGAUACAAAGAGUAACACUGUCAUUGAAGUUUUGAAAGAAAACUUUGCUUGACAUGGCAUACCAGAAAUAGUGAAAUCUGACAAUGGACCUCAGUAUUCAAAUUAUGAAUUCAAAGAGUUUGCAAAGAUUUAUGGAUUUGUUCACAUCACAUCAUCGCCAAGAUAUCCACAGAGCAAUGGAAUGGCAGAACAUACUGUUCAAACAGUAAAAAAGAUUUUCAAAAAAGGUAAAGAAACUGAAAGAGAUCCAUAUCUGGCAAUGCUAGAUUUCAGGAAUACACCUAUUGAAAAUUUAUGUACACCAACUCAGUUGUUGAUGGGUCAUCGUACACGGACUACUCUACCCACUAGACCAUCUCUUCUCAAACCAGGAUUCAGUCACAGACUUGUGCGUAAUUCAUUGAUGAGAAAACAGGAAAAACAAAAACUAUGGUACAACAAGACAGCGAAAAUUUUAAAGAAACUAGAAUUGGGAGAUAUUGUUCGAAUGCGAGAUGAGCAGAAAACACAGUCACCAGCUGUUGUUGUGAAAAACUCUCAUGAACCACGUUCAUAUGUUGUACAAAAGAACAAUACAAUAUACAGAAGAAAUUGGAGAGAUAUUAUUAAAACUAAUGAAGAGAAACCUCAUGAACCACAGUUAGACUUAGAACUGUCACACUCUUCAAAUCGUGAUGUCCGUCAACCAGAUAUUACUGUUAGGUUGUCAGAUGGACAUACCAGACAUCAGCUUAAUGAAACCAAUGGACAGUUUGCUAAAACCAGCGUGAAACCUGUAUCUAACACUUUGCAAGUAUUCAGUCGUGUUAGUGGUAGACAGAUUCGGAAACCAGCAAGGUUUAUGGAUUAACUUUGGAUGUGUUCAUUCUGAUAGUGGACAUGACAAUUUCUGUGUGAAGAAAUUCGUUGUUUCUUUUUUAAUUAUAAAACAUAAAUCGUAAAGAUUCAGUUUUUAAAUUAUAUUUUAUACACGAGUCUGAAGGACAUUCAUAACAGGAUAUGUAACUCAUUGAUUUGAACUUUAAUGUUUAAGCUAAAUUUGGUCAAGGCUAAAUGUUUUUGAAAUGUAUCAGAUCAGACUGUGCAAAGUUUUUAUUAAUAGUCUUUAUCUAAUCUCGAGGAAGGAGAUGUGACAUUCAGUAUCAGACAUGGACCUUUAAGAGACUGUAGUCUAGGCAUGACGCCACAACCUUUGCACAAGUCAUUAUGUAUAACGCCAUGUGGCUCGUACAUGUUACAUAAAGGGGUUCUUGACACGCCAUCUUGUUUCUUGCUGUUUGUAAUAGUUCAACAGUAAGUUUUGAAUCUAAAUUUAGCACAUAAACAUUGUACAAGUAUGUCAGGGUUAGUUACAUUUGUAAGAACUCACUGGUUAUGCAAAUAUAAUUCACAUAGCAGAACAGUCAGUUACCUAGGUAACACUCAUGUGAACCAGCUUCUGGUCAUGGUUCAUAAAAUUUGGAGUUGUUAUCCCUUGUUUUAGGUUCAUGUUAGUAGAUAUUAAAUCUGUCUGUUACAACCACAGGACUUUUGACUCGACCAAUCAAAACAUUACUGGCAUAAUCAUAUUGGUAUAGCUGAAAAAGGCAGAAUUCUGUGACAAAAAGUCACUAGGACAUUGUGUUGUUUUAUAUCAGAUCCAUUAUCUGUAAAAUGAAAUAACUUUAAGAUCUCUUUUGAAAUGAUUGUGUUAUGUUACACGUUUAUUUGAAUGCAGAAAUUUGAAGUUCUUAAUGAAUAUCACAUUUUUGUGUGGCAUGUUUGUUUGUAUUUUUUUAUAUUUUGUUUGUUGUGGAUUAUACUUCACAUUGUGUAUAGUAGACUGAACAUUUAUGUCUUUGUAAAUGACGUUUCAUCGUCAUUGUAAUCAAGAAUAAUAAAACAAAAUAAUUAAACUUAAAUUGAACUGUUAUUUACAGAGACCAAGAUAUUCAGUGUACAGGUAAAUGUGAGAUUGUGAUUCAACAAGUGUUGCAUAGUAAACUUGCUACUGUAAUUUUAAUUUUGCUGGAUAAUUGUCCAAUUUUUUUAGAGUAGACUUGGUAGUGUUGUCAGUUUGAGAAAUUAAAUUAAUAUGUCAGUUUAUAUUUUCAUAGUAGUUUCAGCAUUGUUGAAUACUGCAGGCAUGACUUGACAGAAUUUUGUUUGUGCAAAUAUGAUUUUCAUUUUUACUAGGCACGUAUCGUAACCCAUAGACUCCCGAUUCAUGUUCAGUGUUUGUGUUCAUAUUUGAAGUAAAGGUUCAGUCUUGCCUUCCUAACUUAAAACAUCAUUUAAAAAUUUAAGAAAAAAACGUUUUAAUACUGUCAAUUGUCUUUAUAUGGCAGACUGGUCCGCCACCAUAUUAAUGGCCUCAGUGGUGUCGUGAAUAAGUCAUCAGACAUAAGGCUGGUAGGUACAGGGUUCGCAGCCCGAUACCGGCUCCCACCCAGAGCGAGUUAUUACUCAAUGGGUAGGUGUAAGACCAUUACACCCUCUUCUCUCUCACUAACCACUAAACCACUGUUCUGGACAGACAGCCCAGAUAGUUGAGCACCAAAAUAAGUUUUUCAAAAAAAGAAGGCUACCAUAUUUUGUAAUGUAGGACGUUGCAGAGAACAAAAAAUGUUCAGCAAAUUUACCAUUUAUGGAAAUUAUCAGUUAAAGACGACAAAUUUUGAUGAUCUGUUUUUAAAUGAUUAUGAAACAAAGUAUAGUGCAGCUUUCAAAAUGCCACCUUUAUAUAAACACAAGGGUCAUUCAAAUAUUGCUUAACACUCGGGGGGGGGGGGGGGUAUAGGUCCAAACAUUAUGUGCAUAGGCAUACGUGCUCCCAUUUUUGUACAAGGGCAGGCUAAUUUUUUCCCGAAUUAAAUGAAAAUGCCCAAAUGCUCGUUAAGCGUCUUAGCUGAAACAGGUGGAGAUAACUCUAUUCCAGAUGGCGCGACGAUCGACAGGGUCCCAGAAACCUGGUUUGUCUCUGACUGGCUUCAGGUUAUAAGCGACCAACUGAGUGACUUGAAAUUACGUAUCAGUUUGUUUUAACAGUAAAGUAAUAUUUUAAAUAUCAGAAUGUGUUUUGUUGCAUUUUUCUU